AUAUCACCCUUUUUCUUAAUCUUAGCACUUUUUUUCCUCUUUUCUGCUUUCUUUUAUGCACAACCAAUCUCUUCCCACAGAUUGAAUCACUCAUCCUUACACACUAGGAACAACCCAUUCUUUAACCAAAGGAAAUGGUAGGAUGCAAACUUUAUAUAAAGAAGAAAGCGGAUUGGUUGAGUACACUAUUGCAGAGCAAAUUCUUUAGUUCUUGUAAUGAUCAUCAAGAACUGAGAAAGAAUGAGAAAAAUGUGUUCUGUAUAGAUUGUAAUCUUGAAUUUUGUAGGCAUUGUGUGAAAGCUCAUUGCCUCCAUCGCCAGCUUCAGAUCUGCAAGUACGUCUAUCAUGAUGUUGUAAGGCUUCAAGACAUUCAGAAACAUCUCGACUGCUCUAAAAUUCAGACGUACAAGAUCAAUGGAGAAAAGGCUGUGCACUUGAACCCCAGACCUCAAUCCAAAGAUUCAAAACCAUCAACCAAAGCAAAAUUUGGUGCUUCCUGUGAAUCAUGUGGGAGAUAUCUACAAGACUUGCCUAAUCGCUUUUGCUCUAUUGCAUGCAAGGUGUCAGCCGCAUCAGUGAAUCCAAAAGACCAAAACCAUAAAAUGAUCACCUUCUCAAUUCAAGAAUUCUCAGAGCUUUCAUGGAAGGAAAAUUACAAUCAAGAAGAAAGGCAUUCAAAUGAAGAGAACGAAUCAUCCCUUUCAUUGACCGGUAUAUAUGAGGAGGAAACUCAAGGAUGGCUGAAUUCAGCAUUGAAGCCAAGGAGACAAUUGCACAAAAGGAAAGGAAUCCCACGCAGGGCUCCUCUUUGUUAAUUCCAAAAAUCUUUUCUGUCUUUCUCCUGUCAAUCAUAUUUUAUCUAUAUACAAUUUUGGCUCAUGUGAAGAAGGUACGCAUUUAAUUAAUUAAUAAGACCACAGCUAUAAUAAUCCUUAAAUUCUCUAAACCCAAGUCUUUAGUAGUCCCCAUUUUGGCAUUCAAAAGAAAAAAAAAAUUGGAUUAAUUAGUUGAAAUGGAGGAGAAAAGAACAUUUCUUGAGGCUUGUACAGAAUGAGUCAUGGGGCGUAUAGAAAUUGGAGUAUUUUUGUAUCUAUUUGAUGGGAUCUCAUCAGUUCUGUUCUUUUCUUUCUGGAAAUUUGUUAUCUCCUUGGUUGUUAAAUUGGAUAUUCCUCUUCACAAUACAAUUUCUAUACUGUUCUUCCCUUCAA